CUCUUGACAAAGGCAAAUAAAUAAAAAAAAGAAAAAAAACUAUCCAGAAUCCAAUCCCCAAAUGACUCUUUGCGGAAGCUGAUUAGGGUUGCUGGUGGCAGUGGAUUAUUGGCUGAGUGGAGAGUAUUCCCCCAAUCCAUUUUCUUCCACAGGAAGCUUCUGGAUUUACCGUUUCAGCCACCUCGACAGCUACCUCUUGGAGAGAGCGGAAGGCGCUGAGUAUUUGUGUAUCCGAUUCGACGAGUUUUAAACGCCAAGGCUGAAAGUGUUGCGGCAUUUGGUGAAGUAAUUUGUGUUGUUGGCGGAUGGUUGGGCUAUCUUUGAAUUGCUCUCCAGUUCGUUGAUAAUGUGAAGAUCUCUUGGUCACUCAUAAGCAUAUAUUGGAGUGGAAGAGCAUAUUUAUUUGCACAAUGCACCUCGAGUGAUGAGAUCUUCUCUUACUUGUGGUACCUGUGGCUGUACCCUCUCUAACAAAAAGGUUGUUGAUUUAUCUCACUCAAGCCAGGGAAAUGCCGUCCAAUUAUCUAUCAAGACUUCAUAGUGCAAUCCGCGAAGGAGUCUGGAGAUCGGUGUCUGGGAAAGGAGGUGGAAUCGAAGAUCAGAUAGAUGUUCUCAUCGGCCAAGGGAAGGUGUUGCUUGGCCACUGUAGGAAUAUUCAUUCUUUACCCUCGGGGCCGUUUACUGACUUGCAAGUAUUUGUUCGCCCUGGGACUGUCGUUGCUGCUCAAGCAAAUCAUAUAGCCAAUCGAAAAAAGAAAUUUUCAGUUGCUGGAGCAUUUUCUCGUGCAAUGUCUAUACCUUCUGUAUCAGGGCCAUCAUUUCAACUUUGUGGGUAUCACAUUGAUCUUCUGCUAUCAGAGCCAAGCCAAGGCUUGGGCAUUAAUUCUGAUAAGUCUCUUAUGGCUGUCUGUGGAUCUAGAUCAGCUCUUACUGACUACCCUAUCAAUCUGCGGACAUCUAGGCCUGCUCCACUUGGUGUCGCAGCAUAUCAUUCUUUCAGUUCUUGCUACAGAAGCUUUGAUGAUUGUAGAAAAUUUAGCACGAGCUGGAGAAAUAAAGAACAGCUUAAUAACUUCUUGGUCUACAGAUAUUUCAUGUACAAUGUUGCAAAGAGAAAGGGCAAUGCCAAUCCAUUUCUUGGAUUUGGUUCAGAGUGUCUCCAUAUCUUAUCAUCUGCAUGCUCCUCUGCUGGCACUGCUUGUGAUGUGUCCUUUGAUAACUCUGUGAGGGAGGAUCAGCUUUCGAGUUCUGCACAUUCACCUCAGCUGAGUAUCCCAGCUGAUAGACCUCUGAAACUAAAUUCAGGAUCCUGUUACCUGCCGCAUCCUGACAAAGAAGAAACUGGCGGAGAGGAUGCUCAUUUUAUUUGUACAGGUGAGCAUGCUAUUGGUGUAGCGGAUGGUGUUGGUGGAUGGGCUGAUGUUGGUGUUGAUGCUGGGAAGUAUGCCCGAGAGCUCAUGUCCAAUUCGGUUAAUGCCAUUCAAGAAGAACCAAAGGGUUCUAUUAACCCGACCAGAGUCCUAGAGAAAGCAUAUACUAGUACCAAAGCGAAGGGCUCAUCGACUGCUUGUAUAAUUGCUCUCACAGAUCAGGGUCUGCAUGCCAUUAACUUAGGGGAUAGCGGGUUUAUGGUUGUUAGAGAUGGAUGUACAGUUUUCAGAUCCCCUGUUCAGCAGCAUGAUUUCAAUUUUACUUAUCAGCUGGAGGGCGGUAAUGCUGGAGAUUUGCCUAGUUCUGGAGAGGUGUUCACCAUUCCUGUCGCUCAAGGAGAUGUUAUAAUUGCUGGGACCGAUGGGCUUUUUGACAAUUUGUAUAACAGUGACAUUACUGCAGUUGUGGUUCAUGCUGUGAGAGCUGGUUUCGCGCCUCAGGUGACAGCACAGAAGAUAGCAGCACUGGCACGGCAGCGAGCUCAGGACAAGAACAGGCAGACUCCUUUCUCUACCGCAGCACAAGAAGCUGGGUUCCGUUAUUAUGGUGGAAAACUUGAUGACAUCACUGUAGUAGUUUCUUAUAUUGCCAGUGAUCACAAUGAAAACCUUUCAGCCAACAGCUCUAACUAGAGAAACGGUUUGUAAUGUCAUGGUUCUGUCAUUUCCAUCAGUCAAGUGCUUCGAAUCGAUGAUACCGAGCUUCAUGCUUGCAGUUUGCAAAGAGUAGACUCCCCAAGAUUUCACAUCUGUUGUAUAUAUAUGUAAUUGUUUUUGGACGGUGUAGUGGUUUUGCCUACAAACGGAUAGUUGCAAACGGCUGUGUAUAGAAAAUAGUAAAGGAAAAGGUGUGAGUUAUUCCACGGUUUUGGCUACUGGCGUUCCGCAAUACAUAGAUAGGCCAUAUUUUGUCGUAUUGACAUUAUUCAUUUUGCAUUUGAAUGCUCCAUUUUCAUGCCAUGUAAGAGAGGGGCUUACGGAUUAUGUCCUGAACAUAUGUAUAUGGAUUUUUGGUA